AAUGUGUGUCUAAAUGAAGUAGUUCCCACAAAAGCUGAAGUCCUUCUUAUUGUAUCAGCCGACAGGCCUGUGCGUGUGUACGCUGAUGGCAUCUUCGACAUGUUCCACUCAGGACAUGCCCGCGCUCUCAUGCAGGCUAAAUGCCUUUUCCCAAACACUCAUCUUAUUGUAGGUGUGUGUAGUGAUGGCCUCACACACAAGUUAAAGGGCUUCACCGUCAUGAACGAGGAUGAACGCUAUGACGCGAUCAGUCACUGUCGCUAUGUGGACGAGGUGGUCCGGAAUGCUCCGUGGACUCUCACGCCCGAGUUCCUCACCAAGCAUCGGAUUGACUUUGUGGCCCAUGAUGAUAUCCCAUACUGCUCAGCUGACAGUGAUGAUGUUUACAAGCACAUCAAAGAAGCAGGAAUGUUCGCACCAACCCAACGGACAGAGGGCAUUUCCACCUCUGACGUCAUCACGCGCAUCGUACGAGAUUAUGACGUCUACGUCAGACGGAAUCUUCAACGUGGCUACACCGCAAAAGAGCUUAAUGUCAGCUUCAUCAAUGAAAAGAAGUACAACCUUCAGGAGCGUGUGGACAAGGUGAAGAAGAAGGUGAAGGACGUGGAGGAGAAGAGUAAAGAGUUUGUGCAGAAGGUGGAGGAGAAGAGCAUCGACCUGAUCCAGAAAUGGGAAGAGAAGUCCCGCGAGUUCAUCGGCAACUUCUUGCAGAUGUUUGGACCGGAGGGAGCAUUGAAGCACAUGCUGAAGGAAGGAAAAGGGCGAAUGCUUCAGGCCAUCAGUCCGCGGCACAGCCCCAGCAGCAGUCCCACACGCGAGCGUUCCCCGUCUCCAACCUUCCGUCUGCCCUUCUUCACCAAAACCUCCCCGCCCUCCUCGCCCUCGUCCCAUCACAGCAGCGCCCUGUCCGGCUACACCUACGCUGCCCGCGGGCUGGCCAUCAGCGAAGACGAGGAGGACGAUGAAGAUUAGAGUGCCACAGCGCACCACGCAUCCGUCUUCCAAUACUGGCAAUCCAACCUCAGAAACGAAGCAAUCCUUACACGACCCAUGGGUUUCGCUCUCUGUAUUACUAACACACACAAAGGGUUCAAAUGGAGCGAUGUCUAGA